AUGCUACAACCACCCAAGACCACACUCGAGCCUCGAACCUCGAACGUCCCUAACAAUCACCCCCCCAAAAAACUCAUCUAUAUCCCCUCUUCUUCGCUCAAAAUGCUCGGAAAUCACGUUAUCAUCCUCGUCAUCAGCAUCAUUAUCGUCCUCAUUAUCCUUCUCAUCUGGGGAUCCAUGAUCGGUCUCGGUGCCUGUGCGGCCUUAGCCAUCAUGAGGAAGAGAAACAACGAUGAUCCGGAGAUACAGGCAUGCCCACCUGUCACCAUUAUUGUCGAUCCUCCAGCUAUCAAAGCUUAG